AAAAAAGGAGAAAAUGUUUCAGAAUAUAUAAAUUCUUUUCAGGAAAAAAAAAAUGUAAUUUUUGAGGAUUUGAUCAUCUCUUCUCUUGAAUUGAGAUUCGAAAAUCUUCAUGUCUCUUAAUUCCGAAAGGUUUAAGAUGCUCAAAUUCGUCGGAAAUGGAGCAACGACUCAAGAGUCUCCCCCCUGAUUCGUGAGUCGUCAUUCUCUCCAAUUCGCGGUCAGCCGCGACUCCCAAUAAUCUCUAGCGUUUCAUCACAUCCUCAAGCACAGAACCCAAAUUCGAAGCCAAAAAUGGAGGAAUCGAAAGCUGCGGCGUACUACGAUGAGCUCACUCGUAAAGGAGAAGGGGCGGCAAGGUACAAACGAGGCCUCGGUUUUUCCUCCUCCGAUACCAACAGCGAUUUGGUAUCCACUUCCAAGGGCUCCGCUCUCCCUUCCUCCUCUUCCUUCCUCAGUUCUUUUGUUAAAGCCUCAAGCCCUUCCAAGGCAUCCGAGUUCGAGAAGCAAGCGCAGCUCAAGGCCAUUCAGUACAAGCUCAAGAAGAAGAAACCAAGCUCAGCCGACGAUGAAGAGAGGCGCCCUAGGGCUUUGGAGAGAGACCGCCGGGAAUCGAGCCCUAGACGAAGGCCUUUGAGUAAAGAGAGGGAGAGACAGUCGCAUUCGAGGAGGCGGAGUUCGAGUAGAGAUAGAGAGAGGCAUUCGAGGCGGCGAAGUAGGAGCCGAGAUAGAUAUGGAGAUAAGUAUAGGGAUGGGGAUAGAAAGAGUAGGAGGAGAAGUAGGUCCAGGGGUGAUUCUGAUAAGGAUAGGCGGCGUCGACGGAGUAGAAGCUCGUCGCGAGAGAGGCAGAGGUCGGACAACAAUGGAGGGGAAAAACAGAGAGACCGGAAAGUUGAGAAACAGAAGCCUGAAAGAGUUGAUUAUUCAAGAUUGAUUGAAGGAUAUGACAAGAUGUCUCCAGCGGAAAGAGUCAAAGCAAAGAUGAAACUUCAACUUGCUGAAACUGCUAGAAUGGACGAUACAAAAGGCACAGGCCCUGGUUGGGAAAGAUUUGAGUUCGACAAGGAUGCUCCACUUGAUGAUGAAGAAAUUGAAGCUGCAGAAGAUGAUGCAACAUUAGUAAAACAUAUUGGACAAAGCUUUCGAUUUUCUGCAAUCGAGGCUAGAAAAGAGGAGCAAAUCAAAGCUGCUCAUGACGAGGCCAUGUUUGGAGCACCAGUGGGUCAAUUAUUGAGUGCAACUGAUGAUGAAGUUGAGGUGGAGAAUGAAAAGGUGAUGGAAGCAUGCGAUGAUUGUGGUCAGGCAACAAGUCUAUUGAGUGAGAAGGUACUUGCAAAACAACAAGGUUCUUGGCGUGACCGUGCUCGUAAAGUUUAAAUUGACUAGUUGAUAUUUGGAAGGUUACAAAAUGCAAUGAAAAAUUAUUGCCAAUUUGUUGCACCGGGGAAAACUGCAUCAAUGAACUGAAAUGGACAUGUUGAUUUACUUGCCCAUUGUUUCACCGAUGGAAGGCUUCUUCUGCCUCCUGAUAACUAUAGAGACCUAGAAUGUCAAAUGCAAUUUUGCCCAUAUCCCACAAAGGGAGAAGAGUACUUUUUGUAGUGAAAUGUUAAAUAUAAUGGGUGCUGGUGGUGACUAUAUAUCAUGUAUAUUAACCUCUUGUUCUUGUUUUGAAACUUUGAAGAUGAAAGUGUGAGAGAUACAAUGAGUAAAUUAAUUUAAGCCUAAAAUUUUUGGUUU